UGGAAAGAGUGUGACACAGUUACCCAACAGCAACAAUGUGAAUAGAAGGUUCUUUGACAGUGGAGUGAGGAGUUAAACCAAGAUGGCCACCCACCGUGUUCCACUACUCCUGCUAGCCUGCGGCUCCUUUAAUCCCAUCACCAACCAGCAUAUGAGGCUGUUUGAGCUGGCCAGAGACCACAUGCACAGCACAGGCCAGUACCAGGUGGUGGGUGGCAUCGUGUCUCCAGUGAGCGACGGCUAUGCAAAGCAAGGCCUGGUACUGGCUAAGCACCGCAUUGCUAUGGCAAAGCUGGCGCUCCAGAGCUCCAACUGGGUCACGGUUGAUGAAUGGGAGAGCCAGCAGCCAGACUGGACCGAGACUGUGGUCACCAUGAGGUAUCAUUAUGGGCGUAUUCUGAAGGACUAUGAGCAGAGCAGAGGAACGCAUAACUCCAAUGGACAUACCACUCCACUCUCAAGCCUCUGUCCCCAGCUGAAGCUCCUAUGCGGAGCCGAUUUCCUCAACACGUUCGAGAUCCCUGGCCUGUGGCGGGACGACCACGUGGAGGAGGUGGCCGGGCGGUUUGGCCUCGUCUGCGUCAGCCGAGGGGGGCUUCAGCCCGAGCGAGCCGUGCACGAGUCGGACACGCUCUCGCGCCACCGUCAAAACAUCUUCCUGGUGAAGGAAUGGGUGAGGAACGAGACAAGCGCCACUGAGGUCCGCCGGGCUCUGAGGCGGGGGCUUAGCGUAAAAUACCUGAUCCCGGACUCAGUGAUAGAGUAUAUACACCAGCACAACCUCUACACAGAGGACAGCGAGAGGAGAAAUGAGGGCACGGCACUGAGGCCGCUCACCAAACAGACACAGCAGCCUGUGAAGAGUCUGGAUGACUGAUAGAUAGAUGGAAGGCUACAGCAUUGAGCUGUACAUGGGAGCCCUUGAAAUGUGAAUUCACUCACAGAUCAGUGCUUCUCUUCAGGGACGGUAAGCUCCGUUACCUUCCACUGGACUGCAGCGCGAUAGAGGUUUGCACAACCUGGAAAUGUCUGCAAAGAAACACCUAGUGUGUUUUCCAGGCAUCACUUGUUUUCACUUUGAAGCAUCUACACAGUGCCGUGGUGUCUUUUGAAUCAUACACAUGAAGUGUUGCAAAUACUGAGCCUCAUCUUUGUGCUACAGUGCGAAUGAACAUUUGUUUGCUCAAAGUUUUCAUCCUUUGUAGUUUUACACAUUGCACAUCAUUACAGAGUUGGAUAA